GGGGUUACGCAGUUACAUCACGGACAGGCCCUUGUCCCUGACGCUUUGGCGGGAGAAGCAAAAAAGUAGGAAGUGAAACUACAGCAGCAAAACUCAGCUGUAGCGUCAUUCAAAUAUAUCAAACGUGUACAAAUUUAACUUGAAAAUGGAUCCUGAUAUUUGCACUGACGAAGGCUGGACAAAAACGAAGGAGGCUGUCGCGCAUUUUCGAAAACUUCUGCUGUGCUCAAAAUGUUCAAAACUGAUGAACGAACCCGUGUGCCUCGGAGUUUGUGAACAUAUGCUUUGCAGGUCGUGUGCUGGUCCUCAAGCUGGAGUGGGGUGUGUGGUGUGUCACAGUCCUGCCUGGGUGAAAGACAUCCAGAUCAACAGACAGCUCAGCAAUAUCACAGAACUCUUUGGCAACCUAGACUCACUACUCAAUCCCACUGACUCCGAUUACUCAGAUGCCCUUCCCAUUUCACCACCAGCGCAGUCAGAUAAAUCUGUCUUAAAGCACAAGAAGAACUUCAAGAUCUGGUUUAGUCCCCGCAGCCGUAAGGUGCGCUGCCGAGUAGAGAAGCCUGCGGUAGUGCCUCUACCGGAGGUUGGGAGUGGGACUGUGAAAGCUGCUCCAAGACCUCCUGCGACACUACCUGAGUCUAAAGGCAAAGACCUGUCUGUCUUCAACUUCAACUCCUCCUCCCAAGACUCUGGUUCCUCCUCUCCUCAAAGGGUGACUAACAAUGAAAAGAAGAAGAAAGCGACUAAGAAGACGAGAAAUUGUGGUGGUGGUGGUGUCAGGAAGCCUGCAGCCGGGGGUUGGCAGAAACCAACCACGCAUAAAGAAACCAAGCAGAAUAUCAAGACACAGAGGCUGGAGGCGAUCAACCAGCAGUGGGGCUUUGCUGGAGAGAGGGGAGAUGUCAGAGAGGAAGAAGAGCAGGUCAUUACAGAGGAAGGAGAGCGCAGGUCUAGUAAAAGAGUUUCCUUCCAAAGCCCAGCCACCCUGCCUGCCACUGUGGAGCCCCAGAAGGAGGAUCUCCGUCAGGGGGACACCAUCAUCCUCAGCCCCAGCAGAAGCAUCCUGAAGGUGGUUCAGCCAGGAGAGAACGUCCCACUCUCUGAGGACCAGGACGGUCCAAGCCCACACACCACCCCUUCUCAGCUGGAUAAGCUAUCUGCCAAGCAGCACUCCAAACCAAAGGAAGAAACGACUACAAAGCCUGACCUGCCCUCCCCUCCUAAGCGCACUCCCAAAAGAUCCUGUGUGGAAGAGAAAAACGUCUCACAGAGUACCCCAAAGAAACCCAAGGCAUCUCCCGGCCAGUAUAGACGUCCGGCAGUGGACAGGGUUGCACUCCCAGCCCUGCAUACCCCUCCCUCGCCCUCCCUUGCUGCCAGCCCCAGACAUGGUUGCACCCCCACCAGCACCAGGAGAUCCAGAGGAGGAGAGCAGCAGCGGGGCUGCAGCCCAUGUUCCCCAGCCCCCCUGGGGAAGAGGUCCCCAGGCAGACUGUCACAGAACAGCCCAGCGGUGGUGAAGAGAAACCACAAGGGAGAGACAGCCCUACACCUGGCAGCAAUAAAGGGUGAUGUGAAGACAGUGAAGGAGCUCCUAGACCAGGGGGCUGACCCCAACCUGAAAGACAAUGCUGGAUGGACACCGCUGCACGAGGCAUGUAACCUGGGCCACCAGGGUGUAGUGGAGGUCUUGGUGGAGAGGGGAGGGGUGCUGUUGAACACACCAGGCUAUGAGAACGAUUCUCCUCUACACGACGCUGUCAGGAACGGACAUACUGGCAUCGCCAUGCUUCUGCUGCAGCACGGGGCUUCACAGAGCGUCUUGAAUAUGUUUGGCCUUCGCCCUGUGGACUACGCCGUGAGCCCAGAGAUGCAGGCAAUCCUUCGGGCGGCCUCUGAAGGACCCCACCCAGUCAACUCACCUCUCAGUCUUCCACCCAGCCUCAAUAAGGCCAGUGAAGGUGUGAGACGGGAGGAACAGGUAGUUGUACUGGGCAGUAAACUGUCCCAGUCCCAACAGACCCGGCUGGCCAAACUGGGACAACUACUGGGAGGAAAGAGGGCAGACGCCUUCUCCUGCUCAGUCACCCAUGUGGUGGUGUCAGACGGGCCGAUGCCCGCCACUCUGUCCACUCUCCUGGGUCUCCUGAACGGCUGCUGGGUCCUCAACUUUAGCUGGGUAGAGGCGUGCCUGCAGGCAGAUAGCUGGAUUGCCGAGAGUGACCAUGAAGCAGGAGAAGGACCACAACGCAGCCGCAUUAACAGAAACAGCCUGCUGCCCCCACUGUUGGACGGUUGUUUCUUCUACCUCAUGGGCUCCUUCAGGAAGCCCCCCAGGGACGAGCUCCUCCAGCUGGUGAGAGAGGCAGGGGGCCAGGUCCUGACCCGACAGCCCAAACCAGACAGUGAUGUGACCCAGACCCUGUCUGCUGCAGCCUACCACGCCUCUCCGGGCUCAGACCAGGCCCUGUGUACCCAGUACAUCAUCUAUGAUCCCCAGGGCUCUUACAGGCCCCCUAGGGUGAGGUUAGGAAAGGUGUGGUCAGCUCCAUCUACAUGGGUUGUAAACUGUAUAUCGGCCUUCCAGCUACUGCCAGUGCCUGAGCUUGAAUCAUAGACACAUCUGGUGUGUAUUCAGUGAGGUGAAACGUUCGCAACAAUUCCGAUAGAAAUGUAAUAAAUAGUGUUAUCAUGAUUGCCUAUUCUACAUGACAGACAAUCAUAUCUGUUCUACACAAUACGUUUCUAUUUAAACGUUCUGUAACAUUGCACCCUGGACUGUCUGUCUCCCACCUGAAUAUCAAGGUCUAAUCAGAACACACAGACAGCUGUGGUUGUAGAACUAUAACCUUGACGUAAUAGAGAUUGGGGACUGACUGUGGCCGUACAGCCUCUGAUGCCUAUGUGGAUUUGGCCUUAUAUACCCACCUACCACAAGCCAUGACUUGUUGUUCUUAAAGUUUUGUACCUGUAGUUCAAAGAUAAGCUAAUGAAGUGUUUCUUUAUGUUGAUAUUUUUAUCCCUGCUCAAUGACGAUAGAAGAUUAUAAACAUUUCAGCACUUUUCAGUGUUUUGAAUGAAGGAGUGGAAAAUCAACUUCUUUCUCCUACUGAGACUCUUUAUAAUGUCUGUGCUUUUGAGGAUACCCUUUUCUUUGAAUGUCUUUCAAACUGAAUUGUGACUGCCUCUAUUCUCAAUUUUCUAUGAGUUGUUCUGCAAUUUUCAAAAAAAAAGAAAAAUGAUGAAACACUGCCUUUUAUUAAUACUAACGUCACCUCCUCCCGCUGCUGCACACAGUUUUCUGUUUGGGCUUUUGAGAAUGAAUGGUAUUCUAUGAAAUAAACACCAUUGUUGCAGCAAAACAAUUACUAACUCUAAUUUAUCUUAAUUAUAUACACUGAGUGGACAAAACAUUAAGAACAUCUGCUCUUUCCAUGACAUAGACUGACCAGGUGAA